CCAGAAACCAUUUUGACAAAUGGCGGGAAAUCAACGGCGAUCUUACUGCUCUCGCGCCACAACUUAAUUUCCAAUGCUCCAGCCCUAAUUGAUUCUCAAUCGCGUGUGUUGCCGCAGAAGAAAACCCACUCCGUCCGUCGGCAACAGAGCUCGGCGCCGAUUGAUCGAAGAAAGGGAGAAAGGCGAUUAAGCCGUGGGGGAAAUGGAGAAAGUGGUGCCGGAGGUGGAGGAGCUCCCAAAGGCGAUGGUCCGGCGAGUUGUGAAGGACGCGCUCUCACAGUGCUCUCCAAACGCCGACUUCAACCUCCAUAAGGAAUCACUGCUCGCCUUCUCCGAGAGCGCCCGCAUCUUCAUCCACUACCUUUCCGCUACGGCUAAUGACAUUUGCAAGGAGUCCAAGAGGCAAACUAUCAAUGCAGAAGAUGUCUUGAAAGCGCUAGAGGAAAUCGAGUUCUCCGAGUUUGUUUCCCCUCUCAGAGCCUCUCUAGCUGAGUUCAAGAAGAAGAGUGCGGGUAAAAGGGCAGCUGCAGCAACAAAGGAAAAGGAAGCAAAGAAGAAGAAGAAAGCGGAGGAAGAAACACCAUCAAAGAAAGCUGCAAAUCAAGCCGAAGAACAAGGGGAGGAGGAGGUUGCCAAUGAUGAUAAUAAUGCUUCUGAUGGUGAUAAUGAGUAAUUAGGAUUAGUGCCAGUUUUACUGCAUCAUGCUUGGUGUUAUCUAGUUUGUAAGCAAUCUCAGCAGCUCAAAGAUGUCAGUUCAUUGAUUCUGAUAACGAGUUCUAAAGAUCAAGCUGUAGUUGCUACUUAUUACUUUCAAUGAGAUGAGAAAG